UCGUUCAAAGCACAUGUAGUCUCUCAUAUAUCUCAGUCAAGCAAGCACAUCAUCUUAGCACGAAGUGUCUCAAUUGUACGAGAUCGGAUGUUCGUUCAAAUCAGUGACUCAUUUAUCUCAGUCAAGCAUAUCUCUCUCAUGUAGUCAUAUAAAUGGUAUCGUCUUACCUGAUAAACUGACCAAUGGCCUGAUACAUGUCAUGUCCACAUCUCAAACGUAGGUCAAACACACUGUUCUACUAUCUUUCUAACCAACAGUUCUCUCCCAUUGCCACAUUUGGUCUCCAUAGACGUUGUUGAGUAGUUAGAAUAGAAUUUUGAUGAAGUUGAUAUAGCAAGUUUAUAAAUCCGGACAGAACAGUUUGAUUACUACAUUACGAGUCUCUAAUUGUAAAAAGAGCGAACAGGCAUGAACUGUCUCAACUGCACAAGAUCGGACAUUCAUUCAAAUCACAAGUAGUGUCUCAUAUAUAUCUCAGUCAUCUUCUCUAAUGUGUAAAAAGAACGAACAGGCAUGAAGUGUCUCCAUUGAACAAGAUCAAACCACAUGUAUUGUCUUAUAUAUCUCAGUCAAGCAAGCAUGUUGGUCAAAGACAACCGUAUUACUAAUAGGGGAUUCCCCUCACAGUUUAUAUAAUCCUUGUAGAGUAGUAGUGAGCUUUGGAAUUGAAUAAAAAUGCAUGUAAAGAAUGUCCGGGUUAGAAAAAUCGGACAGUUUAAAAAAAAGGAACGAAAGAGCAAAAUUCAAUCAGACUUUCAUAAGGAAAGGGACGAGUUAUGAUUAAUAUGAUAUUACAGAGCAAUAUCGUAGUACAACCCGAAGAAAAAGACAUGACGGAAAAUGGUAACAGAACAACAUCUGCUCUAAAAAUUGUCCUAUGGUAAGUACCUUACUUUUUCAACAUGAAUUAUAUGAAGUGGUAAUGACUUUAUAACCCGAUACUAACGAAUCUGUCUUAUUUCUCUUUUCAGGAUUACCUUAUUCGUACUAGUGAUGGAUUGUAUCGUUUUCACCUACUAUAAACAUUCGGUUGUGUUUGUAGACAAACUGCCUGUAGACAAACUGCAGUACAGACAACGACCUACUGGAAAUUCUACACGCAAUCAUAAAAACGUUACAACUCAUGUUGCCUUUCUGAAAGUACACAAGGCAGGAUCGACUACUGUGCAGAAUUUGCUUUUUCGAUUCGGAAUGAGACAUAGCUUGAAUAUUCUACUACCGAAGUCAGGAAACUAUCUCAAUAGAGCGUCACAGAAAAUUCCACUGAAAGCAGGAGAACAUUAUGAUAUCUUUGCAUGUCACACUGUAUAUCAGAAGCAAUGGUUUGACAGCUUACUACCGACAGAUUCAGUUUACAUUGGAAUUGUUCGUGACCCGAUGGUGAGAAUGAUAAGUUCAGCAUACUAUUACCGAGACGUUUUUGGUGUAGGCUACCUGAAGAGAGUACCGCAUGCCAAUUUCAUACACGAACUGGUAAACUAUCCAGACAAGUACGAUAGAGCAUUUUUCUCUCACACGAGAAAUUCUAUGGGCAAAGAUUUUGGGUUUCAACACGACAUUGAACCAACAAAUAAAUCUCAAAUCAGGAAAUACCUAGAUCAAUUGAACUCACAGUUUCUGCUUGUUCUCAUCAUGGAAAAAUUUGACGAAUCUCUCGUCAUGCUGAAAAGACUUCUGAACUGGUCGUUACUCGAUAUCAUCUACUGGAAAAUGAACUCAUACAAACACGAUCAUACUGUUCUGAACUCUACGAAAUAG